AUGAAUACUAGUGUGACAUUUCUAUCCAUUAUAUUUGUCCAUUUUAUUAAGGUACAAAAUGGAUCCUUUAAGAGGUCGCUCCUUCUUGAAAGAACAUUGUCUUCUCAUAUUCAUGUGAUCAAGUGGGCACAAAAGGUGGAAAGCCUUGGCAUUCUAACGCUCAAGUCAAUAAAUCUAAGAAGAAAUAACUUUUUGGUGACGAAAAGUUUCUCAUUCCUUACCAUCUUCUUCCUUCUUUUUGCCUUCACCAUAAAACUGAAGUUUGCAACUGCUGGUGAUAGUGUUAAAGACAAAGACGGUAACAUUUUGAAUGUUACAAGCGAGUAUUUGAUGCAAUCCGCCAAUAAUGGUGACGGAAUUACAGUUACUAGGGUGAAAGGAAAACUAGCUGUUAUUCUUUCUAGCAACGCCUUGCCAGCCACAUUUACAGACUCCAGCAAAUCAAAGGUCAUCCUUAUUGAUGACAUUGUCUCGAUAAAUUUCACCAACAUUACAGAAUAUAGUGGUUCUUCUUCUUGGAUUGUUGUCUAUGAUGAAUCGACCAAACUGUCAUAUAUAGGGGUUGGCAGUGCUAAGGAUUACCCUGGUCAACAAAUUAAAAUAGGAACUUUCAAAAUUGAGUCUAUUGGUGCUCACUACAAGCUUGUUUUUUGUAGUGAUAACAAUAAAUCGUCUUGCAAAAAUGUGGGCGUAGAUGGUGCCGAGGGUAUAAUUAGACGUCUAGCUAUCAAUGGAAGUUUGUUGCCAAUUCAGUUCAAAAAGCAUAAUAAAUGA